CGAGAGUUCCCAAACGGGGCGAGACCGGAAAUGAAAUCCGAAUGCUAUCCGGAAGUGACGAAACUUCAACUCGCGCCAUCUUUCGUGAAAGGCAGGGGAACUGUGCGGAAAAUCUGAAUGCCCGAAUUAACUGAAGUAGACAUGGCUGAAGUAGAAACUAAGCCAGCAGAACAGAAUAAAGUGAGUAGUGAAGACACAGAGUCUGACAGUGAUGACUCCUUACCUGAACUGGAGGAUGCUGGAGAGGGACUGCCCACUUCACAACAGGAGCAGAUGGCUCAGAUGGCAGGUAUCCAGGAGGAGCCGGUCAGCAAGGCCAAACAGUCCCGUCAGGAGAAGAAGGCUCGUAAGGCCAUGUCCAAGCUUGGCCUGAAGCAGUUCACUGGCGUCAGUAGAGUCACCAUUAGAAAAUCCAAAAAUAUCCUCUUUGUCAUAACAAAACCCGACGUCUACAAAAGCCCAGCGUCAGACACAUACAUCGUCUUUGGUGAGGCAAAGAUUGAAGACUUGAGUCAGCAGGCGCAGAUGGCUGCAGCAGAAAAGUUCAAGGCCCCCGAGAUGUCCACGGUCCCCGAGCCGGGCAAGAUCACCACCGCAGUCCCCGAGGAGGAGAGCGAAGAGGAAGAGGAGGUUGACGACUCUGGAGUGGAACCUAAGGACAUUGAACUUGUGAUGUCCCAGGCUAACAUCUCGCGUGCAAAGGCAGUCAAGGCCCUGAAAAACAAUAACAACGACAUUGUCAAUGCCAUUAUGGAGUUGACGAUGUAACGUGUCACCACCGGUCUCCCUUGCUUGUCCAUACUAAACCCCAGUCUGUACAGCUACAGUAAUCAACAUCAACUAAAUGGAAAAGAGAUUUUAAAUGUUAAAAUCAAAUCUAGAUGAAGAAUUAAAGCCUUCCUAUGUACACACUUUCUUUUUGCACACAUUUCCAAAAGACUUUAAUCAUUUUGAUAAAAGUUUAAUCAUGAUCCUGUACCCUUUUGUUGAUCUUGUUGUUCCCAAAUAAAGUAAAUAGUACCCUUGAA